UUAUGUAUGAAAAGAUUAGAUACAGAAUAUAGACUUUGCCUUGUUAAAUCAUUACAAGCAGCAUUUAGAAAAAGAUUACUCAUUCCCGGAGCAGCAACCAGUGAUAUAAUUAAUACAUAUAUAUCAACCAUCAAAUGUUUAAGAUUAUUGGAUCCAUCCGGUGUAUUAUUAGAAAAAAUCACUGAUCCUAUUAAAAAUUAUAUAAGGACACGACCAGAUGCAGCAAAAUGUUUAGUUACAUUUUGGAUGGAUGAUGAAAAUAAUAUUGAAUUAAUUGAAGAAUUGGGACGUACCGAAAAUCCUAUAGAAGAUCAUAUUGACAAUGAAUUAAAUAUAUCUGAUGAUAAUUGGAAAUUAUUACUAAUGAAAUUCAUAAUCAAAUGGCAACGUUAUUAUUAUCCAAAGUGA